UUUAUUACAUCCACAACAACAGAAGAUUCCCUGAAUUCUCAAUUCUCGUCUGUAUCACAGCAACACAUAAGACAACAGCAACCGCUGACUGCAGACAUGACAACAAGCAGGUGUAAGUGAUGACACUGAUUUUCUGGAUUUCCCUCAUACUGCAGGAGGAAUAUGUCCACUCAUAUCAGUAAUAACAAGACAAAAAUCCCACCAGCACUUCUAUUUGCUUGCUGGUGUGCUGUUUUGCAGAUGAGGAAGCAAUGACCUUAACAGUUCAUGCUUCAGUUUCACGGACUGGGUACGGCUUCCUCCAUCUUAAACGGCAUCUAAAGGAGAUGGCCUCAGUGAGACAGGCACUGACCACUGGACGGCCCCUUGUGUUUUGUCUUAAAGAGCAGCAGGAUAAAGUUCCACCUCACAAACCAAAGAGGCCAAUGUCUACAAAAUCAGUCAAAGAUUUUGCGCCUACUAGCAUGAUGUCCAUGCAGCAGCAUGCCCUCUCCCCAGCAGAACUGGAAAUCCAGAGGAGGAUACGGUUUCGAAGGCAGGACCACAUUCUUGAAAAGAUGGAAUGGAUUUAUAAGAUUCUGUGCGCAUUAAACAACAUGAAGAACAAGGACCUAAAGACACUGGUGCCGCUCUCAAGUGGUUAUGUAAACAUCAUCAUGAAGGACAUGGAAAAAACGAACAUCCUUCUGAAGCACUCACACAGGUGCCUGAUCUCCUCCCCUCCGACUGAUGAACAAAAUAACUGCUCAGACAUGUGGGAGACUUUGGUCAGUACUCCAGGAGCAGAAACGAAAUGCCCAGGUGCUAAGCCAACAGGGUACAAGCCUCAGUUGGGCCUCAGGCGAAGAGCAAAGCUGAAGGAACUGGAAAACGAUGCAGGAGAGUUGCCUCCAUGGCUGAAUUUGCUUUCGGACGAAAACGUUUAUGUGAAGAAUCCACAAACCCCAAAAAAUAGAUAUGACAUGCUGCAAAAAGUCAGAACAGAGUUCCUGAACAUCCAAAGAUCCCUCAACAAUCAAAUGAUGAUGGACGUCACCGAGAAGAUAGCCCAUCAAGAAGAAAGAAUGAAAUCCCUUCUGAAUGCUUUGAUGGCCUCCAGAAAAGACCUCAGCCUUCCAAUGCUGCUGGCGUCUCUCAAGAGUGAGGUCAAAGAGCCACAAUCACCAUCUCUGUUAUGGCCUCAGAUGCUGCAGAAGGAGGCUGCAGAGAUUGCGGAUGUUAGAGCCGAAGAGUACAGCAGUAUAAUGCAGAAGAUCGGACAAUUUCACAGCUUCUCACACAAAACGUUGCCCUACUGCAAGGAGAGGUUUUGCCUCCUUGUUCUCUCUCUGCCUGCCAAUCACUUUCUCCGACCGGCUAUGCAGGACGCUCUGCUGUUCCUCGCGAAGAACGUGCUGCAGCUUCCGCCACGCAAGGUGAAGCACUGGUUCCACUACUUAAAACUACCUUUGUAUGAUGACAGGUUGUAAAAGGCCGUUCCAAUGUACUGCAUUAAGUACGUUUUCUGAGUGACUGUAAUGAAUA